AUGAUUAGGUACAUCACUAAAGCCAAUGCCGUUAAAGGCCUCACCGGUGGCUUAAACUUCAACACCUCCCUCGCAGAGCUUAUGUGGGAGCAGGCUAUCAUCGCAAAUCCCGAACCAAACGCGACAUUCUUCACGCUUGAUCAGCUGAACGUGCACAACGUCCUCGAACACGAUGCAUCCCUCUCGCGCACAGACGCCGCCUUCGGUUCAAACCACAUCUUCAACGAGACCAUUUUCAAUACGUCCCGCGCAUUCUGGACUGAAGACACAGUCACAGCGAACAUGCUCGCCAACUCGAAGCUCUACCGUCAAAUCGAGAGCAGGGCAUUCAACCCAGACUAUAAAUUCACGGCUACGACUGAGCAGUUCAGUCUAGGUGAGGUAGCAGCGCCUAUCAUAGUUUUCGGCGACACCGAGAAGUUCACCGUGCCGAAGAAUUUCAUUGAGUACUUUUUCCUCAACGAGAGGUUGCCUACAGAAGUUGGCUGGACGAAGAAGGAACAUGUCACGAGCUUGGAGGAUAUAACGAAGGUGUCGCAAGCAAUUGGUAAGGCGACGAGCUUGCUUACUGGCGGAGGCGAGACAUCUGUCAAGGCGAGACGCGGGGAUUUUCAUGCUGGAAUGUUCUAA